CCCCCUUUGGCUACUGCUUUCCUAAUCAGUGUUGAAUCUUCAAAGUUCAACUGUCCCCAGUAAUCAGUAUAUAUAAAGAUCUUCUUCUCUCCCAUUUUUCAUAUUCCUAUGUGCAAGACAAAGAUGGCAACCAACGCGGCCAGUCCCACUCGCACUCCACGCUCCCAACAACGCCCCACCCAAAGCCCAAGGACACCCUCGUCAAGGCCCACGCUCAGGCCCACCUCUUUCUCCGACAAUCCCUCCACCUCCUACAGCGGCUCCACCGGUUACCGCCUCUCCUCUGACACCUCCAUCUCAAGCUUCUCCUCCAUCACCUCCCUCCGCGACACGCUCCCCGAAAACCCCCACAUCUACGACUUCUCCGAAAUCUGUGCCGCCACCAACAACUUCCUCUCCAAACGCCACUCCUCCUCCACCCCUUGCUGGCGCUGCACCCUCCGUGGCGCCGACGUCAUUGUCUUCCAGCGCAAGUUUCGCGGCAAACUCCAAACCAACCAGCUCCAGCAACUCCUCUCCGUCGUCUGCCGCAGCCACCACGUCAGCAUCAUCAAACUCCUUGGUGCCUCCGUCUCCGGUGACCACAUCUACCUUGUCUACGACUUCGUCAGCAACGGCGCCACCCUCUCCGACUGCCUCCGCAACAAAAACAACGCGCACUUCACCGUUCUCUCCACGUGGAUGUCGCGAAUACAGGUCGCCACGGAUCUCGCUCACGGCCUCGAUUACAUUCACAACAAAACCGGUUUGAACAUCAAUUUCGUCCAUAACCAUAUCAAGAGCAGCGGAAUCAUCGUCACCGAGCCUUCCUUCAAUGCUAGGGUUUGCCACUUCGGCGCCGCGCAGCUCUGCGGCGAAGUCGAACUCCAGAACCAGAAAUUAGGCGAAAUUAGUGAAAUCGAGGAAAAAAUAACAUCAUCGCCGGCGAGAUCCAAGAAGUUCGAGGGCGUGCGGGGGUACAUUGCGCCAGAAUUUCCAGCCUCCGGCGUUGCGACUCAGAAGUCUGAUAUAUACGCUUUCGGAGUGGUGAUGUUGGAGCUUUUGUCCGGGGAAGAGCCGUUGAAGUUCAAGUGUGACGAGAAAACGCGCGAAUUUGUGAGGAUGUCGGUGAUUGAUGCGGCGAGGGCCGCCGUGGACGGCGACGAGGGUAGCGUGGAGGGGAAGCUGAGGAGGUGGGUGGAUCGGAGACUGAAAGAUUCUUUUCCAGUCGACGUUGCUGAGAAGUUGACACGUGUCGCGCUGGAGUGCGUACACGUGGAUCCAGAUAAGAGACCGAACAUGGGACGCGUGGCUGGAAAGAUCUCAAAGUUUUAUUUGACGUCGAGGAUCUGGUCAGAUAGUAUUAAGAUGCCUGAUAUUACUGUUACGUUGGGACCUCGAUGAUGUUGGCGGCUUUAUUUUUUAAUUAAAGUCAAAUCGUGGUUUUGAUGGUGAUUGUGACACCAGUUGUGGAAUAUUUAUGUUUUCGGAAAGAUGAGCUGAAUUUGUAGGAUGUCCUUUUAGUAUUGCGUUUGAUCACUUGCAAUAUCAAAGGUGGAAUAAAUAACUAGUGUUGGAGUAUAUUUCACUGAUCACGUUCAUUUGGUGGUUGAAACAA